AGCAGCGCGCACACGCGAGUCCACCGCGGACCAACUCGCCGAGGCCACCAUGGUCGGGAGAGUUCAGCCCGAUCGGAAACAGUUGCCACUGGUCCUACUGAGACUGCUCUGCCUUCUUCCCACAGGACUGCCCGUUCGCAGCGUGGAUUUUAACCGAGGCACGGACAACAUCACCGUGAGGCAGGGGGACACGGCCAUCCUCAGGUGUGUGGUAGAAGACAAGAACUCGAAAGUGGCCUGGUUGAAUCGCUCUGGCAUCAUUUUCGCUGGACACGACAAGUGGUCUCUGGACCCUCGGGUUGAGCUGGAGAAACGCCAUGCUCUGGAAUACAGCCUCCGGAUCCAGAAGGUGGAUGUCUAUGAUGAAGGAUCCUACACAUGCUCAGUUCAGACACAGCAUGAGCCCAAGACCUCCCAAGUUUACUUGAUCGUACAAGUUCCACCAAAGAUCUCCAACAUCUCCUCGGAUGUCACUGUGAAUGAGGGCAGCAAUGUAACCCUGGUCUGCAUGGCCAAUGGGCGCCCUGAACCUGUUAUCACCUGGAGACACCUUACACCACUUGGAAGAGAAUUUGAAGGAGAAGAAGAAUAUCUGGAGAUCCUAGGCAUCACCAGGGAACAGUCAGGCAAAUAUGAGUGCAAGGCUGCCAACGAGGUCUCCUCCGCGGAUGUCAAACAAGUCAAGGUCACUGUGAACUAUCCACCCACUAUUACGGAGUCUAAGAGCAACGAAGCCACCACAGGACGACAAGCUUCCCUCAAAUGUGAGGCCUCAGCUGUGCCUGCACCUGACUUUGAGUGGUACCGGGAUGACACCAGGAUAAAUAGUGCAAAUGGCCUUGAGAUUAAGAGCACUGAGGGCCAGUCCUCUCUGACGGUGACCAAUGUCACUGAGGAACACUAUGGCAACUAUACCUGCGUGGCUGCCAACAAGCUCGGUGUCACCAAUGCCAGCCUAGUCCUUUUCAGACCUGGGUCGGUGAGAGGAAUCAACGGAUCCAUCAGUCUGGCCGUACCACUGUGGCUGCUGGCAGCGUCCCUGUUCUGCCUUCUCAGCAAAUGUUAAUAGAAUAAAAAUUUAAAAAUAAUUACAAAAACACACAAAAAUGCGUCACACAGAUACAGAGAGAAAAAGAGAGUGCAAGAUGGGGGGAAGACUAUUGUUUCACCAGAUUGUGUGUUUAAAAAUGAAGGGGGAAUAU